AUGCUCUCCUCGAGCGACUCCAUCGCCCUCACAGCCUUCAUCGUUUCCCUCAACGCUUUAAGCGUGACCAUCCUCCAACUCCUGCAGCAGUACUUUGCAACCGCGCAAGGCUACAACCGCUGCUCGAGACGGUAUAUUGGGGAAUGGUCGCGGUUUCGUCACCGGCGAUAUGUCUGGCGGGAGUUCCGGUUCGAGGUGACGUUUGUCCGGCCAGUGAUCUACCUGGGAUCGCCGCGACCAGCUCGUCCGGGGAAUGAGGGAGAUUUGAAGGAUGAGUGGAGCUGGAGCUGGAGCUUGUACGAUUUGAUUCCAUCAGUCAGACGGGAUCGAGCUUGGCGGGCACAGUAUGUGGGGAGGUCGAUGCGCAUUCGUGGGUUGAUGGGCGAUCUUGAGGCUGGUGAUGCUGAUGCAGAUAUCCCGGUUCAUGUCUCUUGGUUGCUCUUUUUGCGGCAUUUGAUGAUUUAUGAUCGCCAGGCUACGAGGGCGGUAUGGGAGAAGGAUAGCCAAGGGGGCCAGACAGUCGACCAGCCACUGGGGACUGGGACUGCCAGGGUGAACGAUCGCGCCCUCGAAGCGGGCGUCGUCCUUCGCAGCGAGACGAAGCAGCAAGCAAACUCGGCUUCUGAUUCGGAAUUCGGGAUCUGCAUCCGAUUCGAACCCUGUACUUGGGACGAUCUCUCGGGCCAGUCAGGCAGUCUGACUGGCAUUGUCUCCCUCCGCGACCUGCUGGUCUUGAAUCGUCUUCUCGGUCUCGAGUGGUGCGAUGGGCCGUUCCUGCAGUCAAAAGAGCCCAGACCCUCUCUCCUCAGCCAACUCGGCCUCCAAGCUGUCGGUAAUUCGCUAGCAGUGUCGGAGGACACAACGCCCCAACUACGCUACGAACAACGCGAAGCCAAACCCCCCCGGCUGCAGCGUCCCAGACGCGAGACAUUCCACAUUCACCGUGGCACAAUGGCUAUGUUCUACGGACACAUCCCCCCGGCUCCCAAGCUCCUUCCUACGUUCGAUGAGGCGAUCGCUAUCGACGGGGAUGCCGCCUGGGAGAGUUUGGUAAGGCGCAUGUGGCUUCGCACGCAUGACGAGACGCCUCCGAGACAGAGUCUGGCGAAUUGCUUGCUUGCUCUGUGCUGUACGAUAAUUAGUGAGCCGGAUAUGUAUGCUGUAAGGGUACCGAAGCCCCAUCGGUACCUUGUUGGUCCGUUCGUGCGGCCGAAGAUCGCGCACAUCUUUCGGGAGGGGGUGUGUCAAACGCGUGAGCAGGAUUCGGGGCAGUCGCGCAUGUUGGAUAAGAUCUGUGAGGCGUUGAUGGAAUUAGAAAGCUUCUCGGGACAAGAGUCUGUAGCACCGCUAGUGAGUGCUGAAAGAAAACAGACGGAGCUGAACUUUUGGGUCGCCUGCCAAGGGGCGAGUCCUAUGUGGACCAGUUUCGAGACCAAUCAUGCGGCUGAUGCGUUCUUUCGUCUUGUUCAUGAAUGGAUUUCCUGGGUAGAAGCUGAGCUCGUGGCGUUCGUGCAGCGCAGCGAUCCCGCUGUCGGGACGUAUGUCUCCUUUUACUGGGAUUUGGUGUCUGCGUGGAUGGAAUUUGUGGUUGGGGCUGAGAAAGGUGAGCAUGGGUCGGCGCCGCACACCCAAGCGCAUAAUCCGUUUGCUAUGUGGCGGCGGACUAUGAAGGCGCUCUUUGAGUGUUGGCAUGUCAUUGAGGAGGGAGUGCGCAAGAGAGGGAGAUGGCGCGCGGUGAUGUUGGCGAAUGGGGUCUUCUCGGCGGACUUGGAGAGUGAUUUUGAUGUUCUUGUGCCCUGUGAUGAGGUUGUUGGGUAUGAGGCGAUCUCAUCUACUGAGAUUCGGGAUGCUUGUUUGGCGAUGAUCUUUCGGGGGAUGUGCUGGCAUCGGUGUCAUUGUAUGGAAGCAAACGAGGAGCCAUUUCGACCGGAGUUCUUUUCGAAUGUGCAGCAGGUGAUGAUUGAGUGA